GCCUGCCGGCCGCCCUGUCCCGCCUGAGAGAGUUGAGAUCUUGUCUUUACAUCUGUGCCGGAGCAGAGGGUGCGCACCUCGGCUGAACCUUCACAGCUCUCUAUACUUACUCACGAGCAGCAGAAAUGUACAUGUCUCAGGAAUCAGUGUCAUUUGAGGACGUGACUGUGGAAUUUACCCAGGAGGAGUGGCAGCACUUGGGCCCUGUGCAGAGGACACUGUACAGAGAUGUGAUGCUGGAGAAUUACAGCCACCUUGUUUCACUGGGGUAUUGCAUUAGCAAACCCAAAGUGAUCUUCAAGUUGGAGCAAGGAGAAGAGCCCUGGUCCUUAGAGGACGAAUUCCUCAGCCACAGGUAUCCAGGAUAUUAUGAAGUUGAUGACCACAUGAAAAAGAUCGAGGAAAAACAAGGGAAGCCUCUGUGGCAAGUAAUAUUCAUUGAUGAUGAAAUAUUGAAUAAAGAAGGACAGAAAGUUUUAGAAAACACAUUUAAUCCAGGCAUAGCUCCAGAGUUUUCAGGACGAAUACCCUGUAAAUGUGACUCAUGUAAAAUGAAUUUUCCAAUUGUUUCUGAAUUAAUUUUAUGUGAAGGGAACUGUCCAAGAAAGAAGGCUCAUUACUUGAAUGUGUGUGAAAGAUUGCAGCUUGAUAUUGACUGUGAGAAAACUCAUACUGGACAUAAAUCUUAUGAAUAUAAUAAAAACGUGUCCAGAACUGGCCUCACACUAGCAGAGCCAAGCCUACAAGGCAGCCGUUCCACAAUGGCUGCACCUAGCCUGCGGCUGAUCAAUGAAAGCUCUGCUCAGCCAGGUGGCUCAGUCCCGGCCCUGGGUGCUGCUCAAAAUCACUCACUCACUCGCCCAAGCUCUCCCAAGGAACAAGCUGAUAGCGAUUUAAUUCUGAUCACUUAA